AUGGCAGGAAGAAACCACUUACAGCAGUCUGCUAGAAAACAGGAAAAAUCUCGAAGCAGCAGCCCGAGCCACAUCUUCAUCCAGCAGACACCCUCUUCCUAUCCUCGAGGAGGGUCUAAGAUAGUCUCGAGCCAGGCAAGAAGGUUUCAGAGCGCAGGGAAACGUCGACGACAGGAGGCGUUGGCGCAUCAAGGAGCUGAAUAUGCGAGGAGUCUCGUGGGAUGGAGAUCGGCCGCGAGCACCCCUGUCUCAAACGAGGAGAGCCCCUCCUUUGUCUCUGCCCUUAACUCAGCAGAUCAUCGGCAGGUAUCUCUUCUCAACCGUGUGCAUGCUUCACAGACCUCGUCCUCGACUUUAGCGAUCAAAAGUCCGUCUCAGUGGGAGGAAGAUGCGACCCCUGAGGGGGGAGAUGUUGCACGGCUAACGGUGGCCUUUAGUGGCGGCCUGCGCAUUGAUCCAUUCAAUACAUUUCCCACGUCCAAUGCUAGAACUGUCAUGCACAUGGUAGAUUAUCAUAUCCAUGUAUGGGGCCCACAUAUGUCCGGGUUCUUUGAUUCUUGCAUAGGAUACAACACUCAAUUGGACCUCUGCUGGCCGAUCGCCAUGCAAGAUGAAAUGCUUUUUGAUGCCACCAUCGCCGUCAGUCGCUCAGCAUGGUUGAUCAGCCAUGGACAUUACGCUGCGGAUGAUCCUUUCAUGCUGUAUCACCGUGGCCUCGCUUUGGCCAAGUUAUACGAGCGCAUCAACUUCACCACGUCUUUCGCUGAGGUCGAAGUGAUUUUCACCAUUGGGAGAAUGCUCAGCAUUUCCUAUAUGACAAACGAGCGCGAGGCUUUUAACCUCCACAUUGAAGCAUACCAAAGGCUGGUGGAGCAAUAUAUUGACGCGAAUCCUGGAACAGAUAUCUCGCGCAUCAAUUCAAACCAUCUGAGAUGUUGGAAAGCCGUCCAUGCAUAUAGAAGCGAGCGGGACCACCUUAGGGACCCUUCGAUGCAGGGACCACCGUCGUCUGGUGGAUAUUUGAGACAAUCACCACCUUCUCAAGGAGGGUUUUCCAAACCAAAGGAGAAAAUGAUUCCAGCAUUUCCUUUUGUCGAGGCAAACCUGACCCCAGGAAGCCUUUGUUUAGCAGGUAUCCUGCACACAUUGCUGGUCCAGCAAAAGUCGAAAAAGUCCCUCCCCAGGUCAAGGCUGGCAGCAGAACUCGCUAGUCUGAGUGAUCAAAUCAGUCAAAUACUGGUCUGUGAAGACUUAUCCGCAGUUGAAUCGCAGCUUUGUUGCGGUCUCGUGGCAUUCUGCCUGCAGCUCAGGUGUCAAAGUACUAAUUCCGGGGUAAGCCUUCCGAACGAGAUUAGUAGCAGGCUGCUAGAUAAAUCAUCGAUCCUCGGUUUUACCACCCCUCCUAAUGUUCCUCCACUCAGUGACGUAGCACAAACGUUCCUGAACAAGAAGCUGAGGGGCUUAUCGGACGGUUCAGAUCUCAGAGUGCUCGUGGCAUGGUCAGCUCUCGUCAUGGGCAGCUACCUAUUGCAGCACCUCGACGGCUAUGUUCGGAGGAAAGGGCAUGUCAUCCUGGUCAGUCUAGACUUAGCUCUUCGAGUCGGAAGUGGCGACGAGUCACGCUUUGAAGACAACAGCUACAUCACAAGCGGCUGGAAUGUAUUAGAGUCUAAUUUGAAGGAUCAGAUGGGCAUGUUUUGGCACGAGGAGCUUGCUGAACGUUGGAAAGACGACUGGAUUACCACCAUCGCAAGACAGCAGCGAUGGGCUGGAACAGGGCUUUGGAUCAUAGGCGCGCCAAAGACAUUAGAUGCGGAUGGUCGGCAGGGUGGCAAUGAGAAAGUCGAUGUCGUGGAGCAUCUGAUCCUAAAGGAUGCCCGGGACACUUUACCAUUUGUAUCGCGGUCUCCUCGAGGGAUAGGGGCAUGCUGGUUGGAAAAUUAG